ACCAAGAUGGCGGAUGCAUCGGCUGCUGAGAAAAACGUGGAGGAAGCUCAAUCAAUCGACAAUAACUCCCCCCAAAAAGGCAAUUAUCCCAACAUCAACGGCCGGCUAAAACCUCCAAGUGAAAAUGAACAACCUGCUGGUAAAUCAGUGAGCGCUAAGAAGAAGAAGAAGAAAAAGAAGGGUAAAAAGGAAUGCUGUGAACAUGAGCAUGAUCAUCAUCAUGGACACGAUGAACACGACGGCUGUUCUGGCCACGACCAUGAACACGACCUUGCAGCCUCACAGAAACCUAGUGCAAGCCAGAUAAAGAAUAUACAGAAACUUCUAGAUUCGAUGAAAAUAACGGAAGCUAAGCCGCCAAAGACUACAGAGGAGGCGAAGAAAAAAAAGUAUAAAUUCUGGGACACUCAGCCAGUACCUAAACUUGAUGAAGAAGUUCGAGAAUUUGGACCUAUAGAGGAAGAUAAGCCAACUUCAGAAAUCAGACAAGAAUGUUAUUCUUUACCAGAUGGUUUUGAGUGGGAUACUUUAGACAUAAGCAACCCGGAUGUCCUUAAAGAGCUUUAUACACUACUGAAUGAAAAUUAUGUUGAAGAUGAUGACAAUAUGUUCAGAUUUGAUUAUUCUUCUGAGUUCCUUCUUUGGGCUCUCAAACCACCUGGAUGGAAGCAACAGUGGCACUGUGGUGUAAGAGUUGCCUCAAAUAAAAAGUUAGUUGGCUUUAUCAGUGCUAUUCCAGCUCAUGUAAGGAUUUAUGACAAAACUAUGUUGAUGGUUGAGAUAAAUUUUCUGUGUGUGCACAAGAAGUUACGCUCAAAACGCGUCGCACCAGUACUGAUCCGUGAGAUAACAAGGCGGGUGAACAUUGAGGGAAUCUUCCAAGCAGUCUAUACUGCUGGUGUAGUACUGCCUAAGCCUGUUGCAUGCUGCAGGUAUUGGCACAGGUCUUUGAAUCCCAAGAAGUUGAUUGACGUGAAGUUUUCCCACCUAAGUAGGAAUAUGACCAUGCAGAGAACAUUGAAACUGUAUCGACUCCCUGAGAAACCAGAAACAAGUGGUAUAAAGCUGUUAAGUGAGGAUACAAUGUUGGGUGCCUUCAAAGUUGUAUCCAAGUACCUCAAAAAGUUUGACCUUGCUCCAGAAUUCACAGAGGAGGAGUUUAGACAUUGGUUUACCCCAAGGCCAGGCAUCAUUGAUAGUUAUUCUGUGCAGGAUGAUGAUGAUACUGUAACAGGUUUUAUCAGUUUCUACACUCUUCCAUCAACAGUGAUGCACCACCCUGUUCACAAACAGCUCAAAGCUGCUUAUUCUUUUUAUAAUGUUUCUACAAGCGUUCCUCUAGUUCAGCUCAUGCAAGAUGCACUGAUUUUAGCUAAAAAGGCUGGCUUUGACGUUUACAAUGCUUUGGAUUUGAUGGACAACAAGGAGUUCCUUGAGAAGCUCAAAUUUGGCAUUGGGGAUGGCAAUCUGCAGUACUAUCUCUAUAACUGGAAGUGCCCUACCAUUAAACCAGACAAGACUGGUCUAGUCCUUCAAUAAGACUUCACUGAAGACUAUAAGAACAAGUGACCUUACACCAUCAAAAGCAAUGUUAUUUUUGAUUAUAAUGAGACAGAAACAUCUGAGACAAUGACUGUAUGUUAGAUUUGAAGAUGACUUAAAAUGCUUAAACAUAAUAAAGGAAGGAUUUGAAGAAAUCAAAAAAAAAGGCAUUAAAAUCAUAAUUUUUGAGUAAUUAGAGUCAAUAAGCAGCUUUAAACAUGCUGAUCUGUCGUCUAAGGUAUAUGUAACUUCAAGACCAAUCUUAUCAGACAUAUAAGGUAUAACCACAUUGACAUUUUCCCAUCUAAAAACACUAAGAUCAAAGUACUAUGUUUGAAUGUAAAGACUGAAAAUUAAGAUCUUCAUAUGUUUCAUUUUAACUAUUCAAAGAGCUAAAGGUGGCUUACCUGAAGGUAUAUGCUAUCAGUGACAUUAAAGUUGGUAAUAUUUGUGUUUUGUCCAA